GUUGCAUGACCGGUGCAUGCUUCCUCUGCUCUGCGCUCCUCUCAGCAUAGAAAUCAAGCCUCAAUCUGUCCACUUUCCUUCGGGUAUAUCUGAAUAUCUGCUUAGUUUGCAAACGGAACUACAAUUGCUUUAAUGGAUUCUCAGCAAACAAAAUGGAGAAACAGACAACAAAUGAAACACGGGAAUAAACGGGUGGCGUUCGGAGAGGAAUAACAAUUUAAAACAAAUCUGGGAUGUUUAUUGCCUGAUCUAAAGGUGUGUGUGGUCGUUUCGGCUCAACUUGGUGGAGAUUGUUAGAACUCCGGUUUCAGCGCAAGUCGGCGUGCAAAAGAAUGCACCUGGUUCUGUUUUUCUGCUUCUCUUUACAUUAAACAAGAAGACAUGUUCUUGAAACGGUCGAAGCUUUAGGAACAUCUGUGAGAAUAAAGUGGAAUCAAAGCGAAUGGAUACGUUUACAAUGAAUAAGGUGAAAAAGUGACCCAGUGAGGUGGGAUAGUGCUUUAGCGGAGUUCUGGAAAAUAAGUCACCUUGCCCCAGUUUUUCGAGAGCAGAGGGAGAGAGACAGACAUCUCUGAUUGUUUGUUGCCAGCAGGGAGACAGGAAGGUCCCUGCAUGUGAUUUACCAUGGCCAGCGUGCUCUGCAGCCUCCUUCUCCUGGGGAGCGCAGUGAUAAUGACCACCGCCUGCCCAAAAUAUUGUGUCUGCCAGAAUCUCUCAGAAUCUUUGGGUACGCUAUGCCCAUCCAAAGGCCUGCUAUUCGUGCCCUCUGACAUUGACAGAAGAACUGUGGAAUUACGCUUGGGAGGAAACUACAUUAUUAAGAUCACCCAGCAGGACUUCACCAACAUGACAGGCCUUGUGGACCUUACACUGUCACGGAACACAAUCAGCUUCAUCCAGCCUUUCUCAUUUGUGGAUCUGGAAACCUUACGUUCACUGCACCUGGACAGUAACCGGUUGACAGAGCUGGGCCCAGAUGUCCUACGAGGCUUAGUAAACUUGCAACACCUCAUCUUAAACAACAACCAACUGACCCAUAUCUCCAAAGAAGCUUUUGAUGACCUGCUGCUCACACUGGAGGACCUUGAUCUCUCCUAUAACAACCUCCGGAGUGUGCCCUGGGAGGCCAUCCGCAAAAUGCUCAACCUACACCAGCUGAGUCUGGACCACAACCUCAUCAACCACAUUGCCGAAGGCACUUUUACUGAUCUUGAAAAGUUGGCACGACUAGACCUGACAUCAAACCGUCUCCAGAAGCUUCCUCCCGAUCCUAUUUUUGCUCGGUCACAGAGCAACAUUGUUCUCAAUACACCCUUUGCCCCAGCCCUCUCUCUUAGCUUUGGUGGGAACCCCUUGCAUUGUAACUGUGAGAUUCUCUGGUUGCGUCGUCUAGAGCGGGAGGAUGAUAUGGAAACAUGUGUUUCCCCUCCAAGUCUAAAAGGUCGCUACUUUUGGUAUGUGCGAGAAGAAGAGUUUGUCUGCGAGCCACCGUUAAUUACUCAACAUACACAUAAGCUACUGGUCUUAGAGGGGCAGACUGCCAGCUUACGUUGCAAGGCUGUGGGUGACCCCAUGCCUCUCAUACACUGGGUUGCUCCAGAUGACCGACUAAUCAGUAACUCAUCCAGGGCUACAGUCUAUGAAAAUGGCACUUUGGACAUUAUGGUCACCACCUCUCAGGAUUAUGGGACAUUUACUUGCAUUGCGGCAAAUGCAGCUGGAGAAUCGACAGCCUCAAUCGAGCUCUCCAUCAUCCAGCUCCCCCACCUUAGUAAUGGAACUAAUCGCACAUCCCAGCCCAAAUCCAGACUAUCAGACAUCACCAGCUCAACUAAAACAAGUAAAGGGGAGACCAAAGCCCAACCAGAGCAGGUAGUGUUAGUGUCAGAAGUCACCGCACUCUCUGCUCUGGUCAAGUGGACAGUUAGCAAAGUGGCACCCAAAGUCAAAAUGUACCAGCUCCAGUACAACUGUUCAGAAGAUGAUGUCCUGAUUUAUAGGAUGAUUCCAGUGACCAGCAAAUCCUUUGUGGUCAACAACCUGAUCCCAGGGAUGCAGUAUGACCUGUGUGUGCUGGCCAUCUGGGAAGACAUCGCCACCACACUCACUGCAACCAACAUAGUUGGAUGUGUGCAGUUUGAGACACGUGAUGAGUACCCCAGUUGCCAGUCAUUGCACAGUCAGUUUUUGGGUGGUACCAUGAUCUUGGUGAUUGGUGGAGUGACCGUGGCCACCCUCUUGGUCUUUAUUGUCAUUCUUAUGGUUCGCUACAAAGUGAACAGCGGUUUGCAGGUUGCAAAGCUUGUGACGGUAAGCAACACCUACUCCCAGACCAAUGGUAGAACUGAGGCGACACAGCGACUUAACAAUGGCGCUCCGACAUCGCAGGCUCCAAAGACCAUAGUGGUGAUGCGUGACGAAGUGGUGAAAUUCAGAUGUGGUUCCUUGCAGAGUAGCAUCUUGUCCUCUUCAUCUUCUUCAGCAGACUCCCUUGGCAGCGAGAAUGUCAAGUCUUUCAACAUGCAUUGCGAGUCCAGCACCUUGCCCAAAAGGUGGAAGAAAACGUCAACCAAGACACGACCAAACUUGGACAACCUUCUUGGGGCAUUUACUUCUUUGGACCUGAAGGCUCCUGCAAGAGAUCCAGGUGGUCCAUCUUCCUCAGGGACCAUGGAAAUGGCCAUGAGACCCCAUACUGACAAGGAGCCUCUGCUAGGCCGUGGAGAUUCUUGGCUUGGGAGUCUUGUAAUGCUGCCAUCAAAGAACAAGCCUAAGCGCAGCCACUCGUUCGACAUGGGUGACUUUGGUGCUUCGCAGUACCUUCGCAAUGCACCAUGUCGCAUCAGUAACAUUUGGACUAAGAGGAGUCUCUCGGUCAAUGGCAUGCUCCUGCAAUGUGACGAAAGCGAAGGGGAAGGUGAUAAAGCAACAUUUGAUAGCGCUGAGUGGGUCAUGGAGAGUACAGUCUGACAGGUAACAAAAGAUUAGCUCUGCCAAAAAACAAGAACAACAAAAAUUAACAUUGUCAAAAACAUGUCAGUUGUGAAGGAACUUAACUUGCUGCAUCAUAUGACGUCAAGGAGGACUCAAAUGGCCAUAAUAAAAAGACACCUUAUGACUUUGGCCAUGACUGUGUAAUGCAUGAUUUUCCAUGUAAAUGAUAUUGUCCUUCUGUCCAUUUGAUCACAGAGAGAUUCAUAGGUUUGUUUCUGAAUUAGGCAGGCAGCCGAGGCCAGUGCUGGCACUUUUUAUUGAGAUUUGGAUGUGAGCUAUCUCUAGUUCCCUUCAAGCUUUAGAGCUGAUAUUAAUAAAUAACUAAGAACUUGGGAAGCAGGGUGGAUAAAAGAGAGAAUUUAUCCUACUGUGCACUGCAGUUUGCCAAGAGGAUUUUCUUCAGCAAUGUGGAUGUGCAUCACAAAGGACCAAACAUUCUCAUGAGAUGGGACGACAUCUUCAGCAGUUGAAGUGAAAAAAGAAAUGCAAAUGUAAUUAAAUUUUGAAGGUUAUUUUUUAUCAUUUCUGCCCCCCAAUUUGAGUGUUCUCUAGUGUCACACCAUUUUGUAUGAGCAGACAAAAUACAGAGACUGCAGUAAUUAUUUGGUGAAACCUAUGGUUUUCAUAAGGGUAAAAAAAAAUUUCAUUCAAAUAUUUUGCCUUGACGAUGAACAAAACUCUAUAAAUCAGAGAGUUUAUGUCACAGUAAUAUCUGCAAACUCUAUCUGCAUAUUUGUUUCCAUGACAUUUUGUUGCAUUAUGUGCCUCUUUCUUCAGCUUAUCAAGUCAUAACUUUUGUUUUUAUUAUUAUUUUUUCAAGUCAGUGUUCAAAAACUGGCUGUUGCAAAUUGCAUUGAGUACUAGUACAGAUCAGUACCAGUCACUUGUACUAGUGCAAAAGUCUGUCAGAAGUACGUACUAUUUGUGCAAAUAGAUGUUUAAUGUGCAUUAUAUACCCAACCAAUACAUUAUAUACCCAACCAAGAAGAUGCUA